AUGACAACGGCUUACAAUUUUCCCGAUCUAAACAUUUCACCAAUCAGCAUAGACGAUGAGGAGGAAGCAGAAGACAGCCUACACACUCUUCCAGUGAGUUGGCUGUCGCUUUCCAAAAAUACGUCUUCUGGCAAUCCAUCGGUCGUUCCGGAUUCGGAUCCCAUUCCUCUGGAGGCUGCAUCGGAGGAUGAACGCCUUAAUCCCAACCCUGAAACUACAGCUGAUCAUCAAAUUAGGCCAUCCCGUCCCUCCUCUUUGCGACUUAUGAUUGGUGAAUCUUUCGAUGAGUCGUCUGAGGAAGUAUUUAUGGCAAUGGAGAACAGGAUGAAGCACUCGCUAUUCUCUGUAGCUGAAUCAUGCGACAUAGCUGAAGCUUUAGAUGACGACACAUUCUCUAACAUUUUGAACGGUUGCCGCGUUUGUGUUGAAAUGGGUUGUUGCAAAGAAUCAUCAGAAGAUGUCCGUUCACGUUUGCGUCGCAUGGGGGCGGUCGUAUCGAGACGUUUUACAGAAACAACGACCCAUGUCGUUUUCUCUUACGGAGGAAGCACCGAGAUCCUUCAAAGCGUAUUUGAGUCUUUAAGAAGGCCGUUUCUGAUAGAUCCUCAUUGGGUUCAUGAAUGCUUCAAUGCCCGUGCUCGCGUGGCAGAAGAGUCGUUUUCACUAUAUGAAUGCCGAUAUCUUGUCAACACUCUUCGUCGCAGCUUGGAUCAGAGGAAUGCAUCAUGCUCUCGAGUUGUACUGCAAGAUGUUACGAAUGAACGAGCAUGCAUUGGACAUCCAGCAAUUUCCGAGGAUGUGGAAGUGACCUUUAGCAGAAGCAUGAAUGCCUCUGAAUUACUGCUAAAGUUGGAUUUGUUGUCAAAACGACUGGAUAAAAUUGGCGUCACAACUUCUUGUGUCUUGGGUAAACGCUGCCCUAGUGCUCUGAAAGGAGGACAGUUGCAGAUGAAACAGUUGCCGACGAAUGCUAACAUGUUAGCUUGCAGGAAAGUACCUUCGAUUGUCAAAAUCACUCGGCGCCGGACGCAUGGUGCUUUUCCACUGGAGUAUCGUGAACCAGCGAAUGUUGCUGUGAAAGUGAUCCGCGAGGCCAGGGAGGAGCAAGCUGCUGUUAGUGGGUACCCUACGACAUCUGUUGCUAAUGCUGAAGCUGCCAAGGAAAAUGAAGAGCCGCGAAAUACUUUAGCUUGUGACCUCCCUCACGUCCCGAAGAAUGGAAAUAAGAAGUUUACGAAGAACUUCGGGCUACAACAGAAAUCUUCUGAAUCAAAAUCUCCUCGAAAGUGUUCGUCUUCCAGUGGGAACAGCACAGAAAUGGGUCUUCUUGGAUUCAAGAGCCUAUCUCAAUGUGGCGCCUAUGCACCAUUAGUUGAAACAGCAUCAUCUAUGAUUAACCAACUGCAGUCGGCUUCUAGUUCUGCAGAAUUUGUCGGAAAGAAACAUACAUCCAAGAUUGGUGGCAAAACGAGGGACGGAGUCGUCUUUACGGGAUUUGUGAAAGAGAAGGAGAGAGAGCUACACGCCUACGUUCGUGAUCUUGGCCUUAAAGUCCACUCAAAAAUUAGCGCAAGAACGUACUGUGUUGUCAGCGCUAAUGGAGAGAGGACUCUCAACACUAUGCGUGCUGUUGUCAAUGCGAUACCUGUAGUGGAACCUGAAUGGCUGGAAACGUGCGCAGAUCACAAUAAACUGCUGCCUGUAGAUGACUAUGAGCACGAAAGAUGGGCAGAGCUCAUAAAGAGACGACAGGAGUACUGUGAAGUUUUUGCUGAUUAUGGUAAGAUACUGAUUUGCGACGAGUGUUCACCUCCCUCCGAUGUUUUGCGAUGGAUGAUAGAGAAAAGCGGAGGAGAGGUUACCACGGAUCCACUGGACUGUUCAUUGAUUGUGGCUCCUCAUAACCAUUCCUUAGAGAUAUAUUGUUCCGAAGAAUUGGAAGUACCUCCCCCUGUAGUGGUGGAAAAAUAUAUUUUGGAUUGUAUCUGCGAAAAUGAAGUCCUAGACGUUGAUGAUUAUAUGGAACACCAGGUCGUAGAUGAUCUCUUGAUUAUGCCCAAUACCCGGCUAUCUUCGGUCCUUUUGCUUGGCGGAUGCACUGAAGCAGCAGAGGGUGGUGCUUUGCGUUCAUUUGAAGAAGUGAACUUUUCUUGCUUCCCAGCUAAUGGUAUAAACAUUGCCUCUGGACUGACUGGGAACCUCAACCAGCCAAGGCGAAGUCCUGCAGUUUUGCGUGGAAAGGGUAGCAUAUAUGUCAUUGGAGGAUGCUUAGAAAAGGGCUGCCAUGUGGACACCGUGGAGCAGAUUAGCUUUUAUGAUGGUGAAUGGGUGGGCAGCUCACGGAAUACGGUAGAUGUUGAGCCAAGAAGUUGCACAGCUUUUUGUAAUUUAGAUGAGCAGUGUGGGCUAGUAAUUGGUGGAUUCAACGGAACGGAUUGUUUGAAAACUGUUGCACUUAUUCAAGAGAUUGGCCACGAGGUAUACUCGAAGAGGCUGAACGACCUUCCCUUUCGAUUGAAGAAUAGCGUAGCCGUAUCUAUCAGUAACGACACAGCUCUACUUUUUGGAGGUUGGGAUGAAAGCAGUACGAUGAGAACAGUCUUUAGACUGCAAUUCGACAGGGAAUGCGAAUCUUAUCAGUUAGAUAUGGAAUCUUUAUUGCCCUAUGCUGUCGAGGGUCACUGCUGUGUAUCUCAUUCCGGAUACAUAUAUGUAAUAGGCGGUUACGAUGAUGUAUCCGUAGUAAACACUAUAGUUCGUUAUUCAACUGCUACAAAAAAUUCUGAGAUCCUUCCAACUCGAUUAGCUAUAGCUCGUGAGAAUCAUGUGUGCGAGAUCGUGCUUGAGAGGUACAUAGUCGUGAUGGCAGAGGAACACUCAUAUCUUGUACCAGUCAAUGUCGAGUUCAAAUUGUCUCAAAAGAGGAACCGGCCAGCAUCUAUAGCCAUAUAACACAACUGUACUGUGGCUUGAUAACGAUCUUCUGGAUCAGGUUUGUACACAUUCUAAUGAAAGACCAAUACUCGUUGAAGGAAGCGUCUAAUGGCGAUACUCUCUCUAACUCUUUGAUUGUACUUGGCCUGACUUGUUUUUGCAAAAUGUCGUUUAGCGAAAUUGGAAUAGUUUGUAAGUGAUCUCGCAAAACAUUCUCCACAAAAAAAUCGUUUCCAUCG